GGCUACAAGAUCGCUCGGCGCUCCGUACGCCGCGGGGGGAGGGGGGUAACUGACGUAGCGGAGACGGCGCCGGAUUUGACUGUCCAAGUUUUUGUCUCGCUUUUCGGGGUUAGUGUACGCCGCGCCAGAACUUUCAGGGCCUUUGUGGGAGGCCCUCUGCGCUGGGGAGUCAGGAGCAAUGGUUGGAUUCAACUUAUUUUAGAAUUUUAAUUGGUGAUUGAGUAAGAAACAAGAUAGAACAAAAUGAGUUGGGCUUUAGAGGAAUGGAAAGAUGGUCUGUCUACCAGAGCCCUUCAAAAAAUUCAAGAGCUUGAAGGACAACUAGACAAACUAAAGAAAGACAGGCAGCAAAGACAAUUUCAGCUGGAAUCCUUGGAGGAUGCCCUGCAAAAGCAGAAGAAGAAGGUUGAAGAUCAAAAGAAUGAAGGGGCCACCCUCAAAAGGGAGAAUCAGAGCUUGAUGGAAACAUGCGAAAAUUUAGAGAAAAUGAGGCAGAAGAUUUCUCAUGAGCUUCAAGUCAAAGAGUCACAAGUGAAUUUUCAGGAAGGACAGCUAAAUUCAAGCAAAAAGCAAAUAGAAAAACUGGAACAGGAACUUAAAAGAUAUAAAUCUGAACUUGAGAGAAACCAAUUGGCAGUGUUGCCAGGAGAUGUCUCAACACUAAACAGUACACCACAGAAGAGUUCUGCUCCUCCUGUACAAUCAAGUCAAAGUGCUUCCAGGUAUGAAGAAUUACAAGAAAAAUAUAGUAAAGAAGUUGAAGAACGAAAAAGGUUAGAGGAAGAGGUUAAAGCUUUACAAAUUAAAAAAGCAAGUAAGACAGUUCCCCCAAACAACAUGAGUCACAGGGAAAUUGCUCGGCAUCAAUCUUCUUCAUCAGUAUUCCCAUGGCAACAAGAAAAGACACCUACUCGUCAUUCAGCUAAUGCACAAGAAACUCCCUUUAGGAGAGGUUUUACUGCCUUACAUGUUCCAUGGGAACAGGAAACAACACCUAAUAGGAUGCCAAGUUGGCAAGAUACUAAUUGUAGUUUCCAUGAGAACCCUAGUGAUCCUCACCUGCUGGAUCAGAUAAAAGCCCAGAACCAAGAGUUAAGGUUCAAAGUUAAUGAACUGGAGCAUCGACUGCAAGGACAAGAAAAAGACAUAAAAGGACACAUGAAUAAAUGGCAAGAAACACAGCUUCAUCUAGAGAAAACAAAAUUGGAGUUAGUGGAAAAAGAGAAAGUUUUGAACAAAACCAGGGAUGAACUGAUGAGAUUAACCACACAAUUUGAUCAGGCAACAGCCAAGUGUACAACACUGGAGCAAAAAUUGAAAAAAAUUUCUGAAGAUUUGAGUUGCCAAAGACAGAAUGCAGAAAGUACCCGAUGUGCUUUGGAACAGAAAAUCAAGGACAAAGAGAAGGACUAUCAGGAGGAACUCUCUCAUCAGCAACGUACCUUCCAAAUGUUGGACCAGGAAAGCACUCAGAUAAAAACAAGACUAAAUCAAGAGUUACAACAAGCCAAAAGCACUCAGAACAUAUUGCAAGCUGAACUUGAUAAAGUGGUAGCAGUGAAACAGCAACUAGAGAGAAAUUCAGAUGAGUUUAAGCAGAAGCUCAGCAGAACUGAACAAGCAUUGCAGACAAGUGAGACAAAGGAAAAUGAGCUGAGGAAGAACCUGGAGGAAAUGAUGCAGGAAAAACAGCUCUUCAGUCAUCAGUUAGAUAAAAGAACAAGAGAAGUCUACCUACUGGAGGAAGAACUCAAGAAAACUAAAUAUUGUCUAAAGCAGAAUCAGAAUCUUGCAGAAGAAAUGAAAGAAAAGAAUGCCACUCAAGGGGAAACUUUAAAAGCUCUUCAAGAAAAAAUUGAUCAACAGGAAAAGUCUUUCAUUUUAGAAAAACUGAAGCUUGCAGUGGCUGAUCUAGAGAAACAACGGGAUUGUUCUCAAGAUCUGCUGAAAAAAAGGGAACAUCAUAUUGAACAGCUAAAUGAUAAAUUAAGUGCAACACAGAAAGAGACAUAUGAAUUACUGAGUACCUUGGAAUUAAAGGAGAAGGAAUGUGAAGACCUCAAAAAAGAGACAAUUAUAUUUUCUCAGUGGAAAAGUGAGAAAGAACCACUUUUGAAUCAGCUUUUGUUAGAAAAAGAAGGUUUAGAAGGCAAAAUUAAUCAUUUGGAAUUAUGUCUGAAGACUCAGCAGAUGAAAAAUCACGAUGCCAAUGAAAGCUUCAAAGUAAUGGAAACUGAAAAAGAAAACUUGGGCUUGGAAAUCAGAAAACUUCAGAAUGCAAUAGAAGUAAAAAGUAUAGAAUUAGAAACACAGAAAAGAGCUUAUGAUGAACUUCAGGAAAAAUCUGAGUGUUCAGAACAGAAAUAUAAAAAGGAAAUAGAAAAUCUUUCUUUGAAAAUACUUCAGGUAACUGAGGAAGAUGAACAUCUGAAACAAAAGCUACAAUUGAUAUCUAGUGAAAUCAUAGAGAAAGAUCAGCGUUAUGAAGAAUUGUGUAUACAAUAUAAAAGGAUCAAUAGUCUAGUAAAAUCCCAAAAUAUUUGUCAGAUGACAAGUGAUGAUCAUUGUGGGGAUCUUUUAACGUUUGAAGAACCAGUAACGAACAAUUCUUUUACAAAUAUACUUGAAUUUCAAGGAAGCUUACCUUUAGAAAGGGGAAGUCAAAAAAUUAAGUUAUGUUCAGGAGAUGAGAGUCUAAAAAGUGCUGCUUUACUACACCAUGAAGUUUCUUCAUUUCAGUUUUCAGUAGAGUCUGAAAAGCAGAUGAACACAGACUCACAAAAACAUUGUGAAGAGUUGGUACCAAUCGAAGGUAAAAUAGAAGAAAAUAUUUUUAAAGCAGAACAUAUGCAUGAAUGUUUUGUGAACAAACAGUUUCAAAUGCUGAGUGAACAAGCAGAAUCUGGACAAGUAGAGGAUGAAGAUUUAAAAACCAAUAAGCUUUCAUUUGAAAAGUCAGUAAAGGAGCUACAAUUGAUGUCUGAAACCCUGAAUUCUGAGAAAAAAGAAAUUAAUUCAGAUCUCUUUCAAAACAAGAAAGAAAUUGAAGAACUGACCCAAGAAAAUCGCAAUCUCAAGGAAAUUAAUGCAAUUUUAAAUAUUGAAAAAAUGAACUUAAUACAAAAAAAUGUUGACUUUUCAAACUGCUUAAUUCAAAAAGAGAAUAAUAUUUCAGAGUUAUCUGAUAGAAAUAUGGAGGAAAAGCUUCUUUUGGUAAAGAGAUGUGAAGAAGCUGAAAAGGAACUUGAACUUCUUAAAGAAAAAUACAAAUCAUUGGAGAAAAAGAACACUGAAAUGGGAUGUAUCCUAAGUGACCAUUCUCUUACUCUUUUUGGAGACAGAAAUAAUGAAUUAAAAGACCUGGAAGGAGCUUUUGCAAGAGAACGUGAAUAUUACAUAGGCAAGCUAGCUCUAGCUGAAGAAAAAAAUGAGAAAUUAAUUUUUGAGAUGGAGACAAUACAGUGUGGACUGAGAACUGAGAAUGCAGCCAUUCAAAAUAGUUCAAAGAUUGAAGCUGAUUGCUUAAGACAAGAAAUUUCAAAUUUCAAGCAUGAACAAAACAAAAUACAAGAACAAUAUCAUGACUUGCUUCAAGAGAAUGGUCGACUGAUGAAAUUAAUUAAGGCAAAAGAUGUGCAAAUGAAUGCAUUGGUUCUUACUGGCAGUUCAGCUUCUGAACAAAUGAGUGAGUCUGAAAAUCAAAGUGAAAAUGAAACAGAUAAUUUUAAGAUGAUUAAAGUUGAAAUGUUUCCUAUAAAUCUUGAUGCUAAAGACAGUUCUAUAAAUACUUGUAAUCCACAAGUGGUACGACUUGAGGAAGUUAUUAAACAUAUGGAACUAAGACUUAAAGAAAGUGAAAAAGAGAAAGAGUUCUUACAGAAAGAAUUAGAAAUGAUUAGGAAAGAGUUAGAAAUUAGGGAUUCAAAGGUAAUGGAAGCUAAGCAAUAUGACCAGUCAUUUGAAACCAAUAGUUAUGAGGAUUGUAAAAGAGAAAUGGAUGAAAAGUAUAUUUCAGUUCUACAUGAACUAUCAACAAGCCAAAAUGAUAAUGCACAAUUGAUGACUUCAUUGCAGGGAGCAGUCAAUAAACUAAAUGAAUUAGAGAAAAUGUGUGACAUUCUUCAAAUUGAAAAAUUAAAAUUAACAUCUGAGUUGAAUGAUUCAAAAUCAGAAUGUAUCUUAGCAACUACCAAAAUGGCGGAAAAAAUGGAGAAAUUGGUAACUGAUAUUAAAACACUAAAUAAUAAAAACAGUAACCUUCCUGGUGAUUUUAAUGAACGUAAUGAUAAAGAUAAAUUUGGGGAACAAUCUAAUGAACAAAUGUCUGUUUCUUUAAAACUUCUAGAGAGCAAUAUUGAGGCUGGUGGUGACUAUGAACAUUUGAAACUAUCAAAUAAAGAAGUUCAAAUGCAUUUUUUUGAGUUACAAGAAAAAUUUUCAUCUUUAGAAGUUGAACACAGAAUUUUACAUGAACAGCACUGUGGCAUGAACUCCAAAUUGUCAGAACUAUGUUCUUACAUUGACACACUAAAGACUGAAAAUUCUGUAUUGUCAAUGAAUCUUAAAAACCUACAAACUGAUUUGAUGAAGCAGUGCUCUCCUGAUAACGAAGAAUUUGCACUAGAAGAGGGUGGAUCUUUAUCAUCCUCUUGUAUGAAUGAAAUCCCCAAUCUUACAAGUUUUGUGGAAUCUUCUUUUUAUAAAGACUUAUUUGAAGAACCAAGAGAAACAUCUUCAAACAGUUUAGAAGAGACUAUUUUAAACAGUCAGUCCAGUACUAAUAUACAUGAAACCUCUCUUAGCAGCUCUGUGGUAGAAUGCAUAAGUAAAAAAAUUGCUAGAUCUGAUCCCAGUUUGAAUAUUGAAGAAAUUAAAACACUUUGUCAGACUUAUCAGAUAUCACUGAAAAAUCUCGUAGAGAAAUAUCAACGUCAAGAGAAUAUAAAAGAUAAAGAGAUUCAAGAACUUAAGCAACUCAUAGGUUCUGAAAGGAAAGAAUUACAAUCCCUCAGAGAGCAGUAUUUAGCAGAAAAUGAACAGUGGCAACAGAAACUUACAAAUGUGACUGUGGAAAUGGAGUCAAAGUUGGCAGCAGAAAAGAAACAGACUGAGUACUUGUCGCUUCAACUCGAAGUAGCAAGACUUCAACUUCAGGGUCUUGAUUUAAGUUCCCGUUCUUUCCUUAUUGCUGAAAGUGAAGAUGCAAUUACGGAUGAUCAAGGUAACAGUGUCUCAGAUAACUCAGAAGAACAUAAUUCAUUCACUGAUGAAAAGAUAAUUAAGAGUGACAGUCUGCACAUUUGUGAGGAAAAUGUUCAGCAAAUCUUACAUUUGGAAUCUGAGAAAAUAGCUGAAAAUGAGGGUGUCAGCUCUGCAGCAAUAUGUUCUAGGAAACUGAACUUAGAAAAUGAAUAUAGAAAUCCUUUAGAUAAAACCCUAAAUAAUUCCGAAUGUAUUCAUGAAUUAUCAUUUUCUAGUAAUGAUACUACAGUAGCCAUGGAUUUCCUAGAGAAUCAGGUUCUCAUUCAGAAUCUACAAACGAAGUUGAAAGAGACUUCAAAUGAAAACUUGAAGUUAAUUCGUGGCAUAGAGGAAAGUAAUAAAAAAGUUGACAGCUUGCUUAGUCGAAUCAAAGAAUUAGACUAUGAGUUGGACUUACAAAAGACUGAACUAACUGCUAAGAUAUGCAAAUGUUCAGAAUUAGAAAAAGCAAUUCAGGAACUUCAAAAAGAAAAAGUAGAUCUAAGUGACAAAUUGGAAUCCCUCUCUUAUGAUAAUCAUCAAUUACUUCAGAGAGUAACAUCUUUUGAAAACUUAAAUUCUUGUUUAGCUCCAGAUAAAGUUAUAUUCACAGAUGCUACAGAUAUUGAAGAAAACAUAGCAGUGAUGAGUAAAGAUUGGAAAGAACAAUUUCUUGAAAUUGAAAAUGAAUUGAAGAGGGUAAAAUCUGAAAAGACUAACAUUGAGAAUCAUGCCAUCUCCAUUGAAGGUGACUUGGAAGAACUUCAAAGAAAGAAUCUGAGUUUAGAAAAAGAUAAUGAUAACAAACAGAAAAUGGUGUCCAAUCUUGAUGAACAAUUGUCUUUGGUUAUAGCUGAGAAAAACCACCUUAGUGGAGAACUUGAAAUUGUAUUAAAGGCAAAAAUGCAAAUAGAAGAAAUAUGUGAAAAAUUGAAGGAAAAAAUUGAAGUGUUAGAGUCAAAUCAAAGGGAAUCCCUGCAACAUGUAGAAAUAAUGGAGUCUGAGGUAAGAGAUAAAACACAACUUCUUCAGUCUAUGACUUGUCAUGUAAACCAACUAUUAAAAGACAAAGAAGAUCUCCAAGAGCAGCUUCAGAAUUUAGAAAAAGAUAAACAGAAACUUAGUUUAAUAAAAGAUAACAUAAAACAUGAAUUUGGUCAGCUGACCAAUGAAAAAGAACUUCUUAUAAGAGAAUUAGAAAACAUGAAAUCUAAGUUGAAUGAAUCAGAAGCAGAAAAUGUAAACCUUUCUAAGGUUUUGGAGAGUUCUCUAAUUGAGAAAGGAGAGAUUGCAGCAAGAUUGAAUUCAACACAAGAAGAAGUACAUCAGCUGAGAACUGGUAUAGAAAAGCUAAAAAUUCGCAUAGAAGCUGAUGAAAAGAAAAAACACUAUGUUUUAGAAAAGCUAAAAGAAAGUGAACGAAACGCUGACUCAUUUAAGGAUAAAGUUGAAGCACUUGAAAGAGAAUUGCAGAUGUCAGAAGAAAAUCAAGAAGCAGUGAUUCUAGAUGCUGAGAGUACAAAGUCUGAAUUAGAAACACUGAAAACACAAAUGGAAGAGUUAACCAAAGGAUUAAAAUGUUCAGAGUUAGAAUUAUUUGCUUUAAGGUCAAAAAAUAAUACAGAAAUUAUUAAUUUAAGGGCAGAAAAAGAAAAUAUAUUGAAAGAGUUGCAAGAAAAGCAAGAUCAAGUGUCUCAAUUGGAACAGUUGGCUUAUAACUUAAAAUUUGUUUUGUCUCUAAGCUCAGAAGAAAACAUAGUGAAAGAAAUACAAGAAAAUACAGGUCAGGGGUUUGAAUUAGAAAAUUUGAUUCAAACCUUAAAUUGUUUAAAAUCAGAGCUUGUUGAUUUAAAGUCAGAAAAAGAAAAUGCUUUGAAAGAACUACAAGUGAAGGAAAAUCGGGUGUCUGAAUUAGAAGAGUUGGUCCAAAACCUUAGAUAUGAAGAACCUGAAGUUGUAACUUCAAUUUCAGAAAAAGGAAACAUGUUGAAAAACCUUCAAGCGUCUCGGGAGGAAACUUCUCAAUUAGAAGAGUGGGGCAAAACUUCGAAAUGUUUAGAGUCUGAGCUUAUCACUUUAAGGUUAGAAAAAGAAAAUAUGCUGAUUGAACUACAAAAAAAGCAAAAUAGAUUAUCUGAAUUAGAGGCAUCAAAUCAAACGCUAAAACAUUUGGAAACAGAACUUAUUGCCUUAAACUUAGAAAAAGAAAAUUUAUCAAAAGCACUGGUAGAAGAAAAACAAAGUAAAGUGGUUGAAUUUGAAAAGAGUAAUAACAAUCUGAAAUUAAUGGAAACAGAAAUUUUUGCCUUAAGGUCAGAAAAAGAAAAUAUUUUAAAAGAACUUCAUGAAACUCAAAGUCGAGUGUCUGAGUUAGAAGAGUUAACUCAAAACUUGAAUUGUGUGGAGACUUAUGCUUCUUUAAGCUUAGAAAAAGAGAGAAUGUCUAUUGAAUUACAAGAAAAUAGUGAUCACGAAUUAGAAGAGUUAGCCAAAAACCUGAAAUCUUUGGAGAUGGAGGUUGUAGUUCUAAGGGAAGAAAAAGAAAACAUGUCUAAAAACCAGCAAGAAAAUCACCUGAUUGAAUUAGAGAAAUUGACCCAAACCAUAAAAUAUUUAGAAUCUGAACUUGCGGCUUUGAGGGAAGAAAAAGAAUCCAUAUCAAAUGAAGUACUAAAAGAAAAGCAAUAUAGAGUAUGUGAAUUAGAAGAGUUGACCAAAUCCCUAAAGUGUUUGGAAAUUGAGGUUGUUUCAUUAAGGUCAGAAAAAGAAAGUAUAUUGAAGGAAUUACAAAAAAAGCAGAGUGAAGUUUCUGAAUUAGAAGAAUUGACUAAAACUUUAAGAUGUGUAGAAACUGAGGUUGUUUCCUUAAGAUCAGAAAAAGAUAAUGUGUUGAAAGAACUGCAAGAAAAUCAAGAUCAAAUAUAUGAAUUCAAAGAAUUGAUUGAAAGCUUAAAAUGUGUAGAAACAGAAGUUAUUGCCUUAAGAUCAGAAAAAGAAUAUAUCUUGAAAGAAUUAAAAGAAAAACAAGAUCAGGUUUGCCAGUUAGAAGAGUCAAUCAAAAUACUAAAAUGUUUGGAAACAGAACUUGCCCUUUUAAGGUCAGAAAAAGAAAGUACACUUAGGGAAUUACAAGAAAAUCACUAUCAAGUUUUUGAACUAAGAGAAUUAGUCCAAAUUCUAAAAUGCCUAGAUUCAGAACUGAUCAGUACAAAGUUAGAAAAAGAAAAUGUUUUGAAAGACCUACAAGUAACACAAGAUCAAGUGUCUGAAUUAGAAAACUUGACCAUAAACUUAAAAGAUUUAGAAACUGAAGUUGUUUCCUUAAGGUUAGAAAAGGAAAAUAUGUUAAAGGAAUUACAAGAAAAGCAAAGUCAGGUGUCUGAAUUGGAAGGUUUGACCACAAACUUAAAAGUCUUGGAAAGCGAAGUUGCUUUUUUAAAGUCAGAAAAUAAAGAUGUGUUGAAGGAACUACAAAAAAAGCAAGAUGAAACUCGUGAGUUACAAGAAUUGACGAUAAAGUUAAAAUGUUUAGAAAGUGAAAUUAUUUCCUUAAAUUCAGAAAAAGAAAAUACAUUAAAGGAAUUACAGAAAAAGCAGAGUGAAAUGUCUGAAUUAGAAGAAUUGAUCAAAAGUCUAAACAGUUUGGAAUCUAAAGUUGCUUCUUUAAAAUCAGAAAAAGACAACAUGUUGAAAGAAUUACAAGCAGAACGUGAUCAAAUUUGUGAAUUAAAAGAAGUGAAUAUAAACCUAAAAUACUUGGAAACUGAAGUUGUUUCUUUAAGGUUAGUAAAAGAAAGCAUGUCAAGGGAGUUAGAAGAAAAGCAGAGUCAAGUGUCUGAAUUUGAACAGUUGACCAAAAGCCUAAGGAGUUUAGAAACUGAAUUUGCUUCUUUAACAACAGAAAAAGAAAAUCUGUUGAAGCAGCUGUGUGAACUAGAAGAAUCAACUAAAAAUUUGGAAAAUGAAGUUGUUUCCUUAUUAUCAGAAAAAGAAAGUAUUUUGAAAGAACUUCAAGCAAAGGAGGGUCAAGUGUCUGAUUUGGAAGAGUUGACCAAAAGUCUGAGGUCUUUAGAACCUGAAGUUACUUCUUUAAGGUCAGAAAAGGAAAGCAUGUCGAAGGAACUGAAAGAAAAACAAAGUCACAUUUGUGAAUUAAAAGAAAUAACUUCAAAUCUAAAAUGUUUGGAGAUUGAAGUUGCUGCUUUAAGAUUAGAAAAAGAAAAUAUGUUGAAGGCAUUGCAAGAAAAACAAGAUCACAUUUGUGAAUUGGAAGAGAUGACCAAAAACCUAAAAUGUUUGGAGAGUGAACUUGCUGCUUUCAAGUCAGAAAAAGACAGUAUGUUGAAAGAUUUACAAGAAAAGCAGGAUCGAAUUUGUGAAUUAGAAGAGAUCAAUGCGAGUCGAAAAUGUUUGGAAACUGAAAUUAUUUCCUUAAGGUUAGCAAAAGAAAGCAUGUUAAAGGAGUUAGAAGAAAAACAGAGUCAAAUAUCUGAAUUAGAACAGUUGACCAAAAAUCUAAAGUGUGUGGAGUCUGAAGUUGCUUCUUUAACUUCAGAAAAAGAAAAUCUGUUGAAGAACCUAUAUAAAUUGGAAGAAUCAACUAAAAACCUGGAAUGUUUAGAAAACAAAGUUGUUUCUUUAUCAUCAGAAAAAGAAAACAUUUUGAAAGAACUACAAGAAAAGCAGGGCCAAGUGUCUGAUUUAGAAGAUUUGACCAAAAGUCUAAGGUCUUUGGAACCUGAAAUUGCUUCUUUAAGGUCAGAAAAAGAAAGUAUGUCAAAGGAGCUGGAAGAAAAACAAAGUCACAUUUGUGAAUUAGAAGAGAUGACCAAAAACCUAAAAUGUUUGGAGAGUGAACUUGCUGCUUUCAAGUCAGAAAAAGACAGUAUGUUGAAAGAUUUACAAGAAAAGCAGGAUCAAAUUUGUGAAUUAGAAGAGAUCAAUGCGAGUCUAAAAUGUUUGGAAACUGAAAUUAUUUCCUUAAGGUUAGCAAAAGAAAGCAUGUCAAAGGAGUUAGAAGAAAAACAGAGUCAAAUAUCUGAAUUAGAACAGUUGACCAAAAAUCUAAAGUGUGUGGAGUCUGAAGUUGCUUCUUUAACUUCAGAAAAAGAAAAUCUGUUGAAGAACCUAUAUGAAUUGGAAGAAUCAACUAAAAACCUGGAAUGUUUAGAAAACAAAGUUGUUUCUUUAUCAUCAGAAAAAGAAAACAUUUUGAAAGAACUACAAGAAAAGCAGGGCCAAGUGUCUGAUUUAGAAGAUUUGACCAAAAGUCUAAGGUCUUUGGAACCUGAAAUUGCUUCUUUAAGGUCAGAAAAAGAAAGUAUGUCAAAGGAGCUGGAAGAAAAACAAAGUCACAUUUGUGAAUUAGAAAAGAUGACCAAAAACCUAAAAUGUUUGGAGAGUGAACUUGCUGCUUUCAAGUCAGAAAAAGACAGUAUGUUGAAAGAUUUACAAGAAAAGCAGGAUCAAAUUUGUGAAUUAAAAGAGAUCAAUGUGAGUCUAAAAUGUUUGGAAACUGAAAUCAUUUCCUUAAGGUUAGCAAAAGAAAGCAUGUUAAAGGAGUUAGAAGAAAAACAGAGUCAAAUAUCUGAAUUAGAACAGUUGACCAAAAAUUUAAAGUGUGUGGAGUCUGAAGUUGCUUCUUUAACUUCAGAAAAAGAAAAUCUGUUGAAAAAGCUAUGUGAAUUAGAAGAAUCGACUAAAAACCUCAAAUGUUUGGAAAACGAAGUUGUUUCUUUAUCAUCAGAAAAAGAAAACAUUUUGAAGGAACUACAAGAAAAGCAGGGUCAAGUGUCUGAUUUGGAAGAUUUGACCAAAAGUCUAAGGUCUUUGGAACCUGAAAUUGCUUCUUUAAGGUCACAAAAGGAAAGCAUGUCAAAGGAGCUGAAAGAAAAACAAAAUCGUAUUUGUGAAUUAGAAGAGAUGUCCAUAAACCUAAAAUGUUUGGAGACUGAAGUUGUUUCCUUGUCAUCAGACAAAGAAAACAUUUUGAAAGAACUACAAGAAAAACAGGAUCAAAUUGCAGAACUAAAAAUGUUAAAUGUUUCAUUUGAAAGCCUACUUGAAAAAAAAGAAGAGGAAAAGAGAAAACUUAAAGAAGAAUCCAACCAUACAGUAGAGUUGCUUCAAAAACAAUUGAAUGAUCUAAAUGAGAAAAUAGAGACUUUACAUGAAGAAAACAAUAUAUGUAAAGUUAAUGAACAUGAUCUAAAUUGUCAAGUAGAUUGUCUAAAAAAUGAGAAAAUUCAUUUGAUGCAGCAACUGGAAGAGAACAAAAAUAAUAAUGCUUUGCUGAAAUCUUCUAUGAAUGACCUUAUUCAGGAAACAGAAAACAACAAACAAAAAUUAGAGAAGGAGACUGAAGAAAACAGAAUCCUUCAAAAACAAGUUGAAGACCUCAGAAAGCUCUCUUCUAUGCUGACCCAGAUGGAGGCACAGCAGCAACUCUGGGAGAAAGAAAAAUUACAGAUGAAAAGUCUUAUAGUGGAAUUACAAGAAAAGAUUAAAGAACUGUCCAAAAAUGAAACUUUGUAUGACAGUUUAGAAGCUUUGCAAUGUUCAUAUGCAAAUCUGGAGAAGGAACUUGAAUCGACAAAGAGGGAAAACUCAUCUCUUCUUGAACAGAUAAAUAAAAUGACACAUAAUGAAGUUCUCCUGAAGAAGGAAAUGAAUGAGAUGAUGCAAAAGAUGACAGUUUUGCAAGAAGAAUAUGCUGGAGAGAAGAACAGGUUUACUGAUCAUGUAAAAAUUACAGAAGCAGAAGCAGAGAAGAAUAAAAUGCAGCUGGAUGAGCUAAUUUUGGAAAAGUGUGAACUGAAGAAGAGUUUGGAUUGUUUACAAAAAGAACUGGAGGAAAGAGAAGGAAAAUCAAGAGAUGAAAUAUCAGAUUAUCAGUGUAGGCUUGAGAAUGCCAAUAAAAAAUAUGAAGCUUUACUCAAGGAAGCAAAUAAAAAGCAUGAAAUGGAAAUUGAAGCAUAUCAGGAGAAAUUAAUUUGUAAAGAACAGGAUCUCAGUUUACACAAGUCAGAGAUGGAGAUUUUAAAGUCCAAUAAAGAAGAAUUGACUAAGUCUUUGAAAUCUACUAGUAAGAUUUUAGAAGAAUUGAAGAAAACCAAGAUGGAUAAUAUGAAAUAUGUAACUCAGUUGAAGAAGGAGAAUGAAAAUGCUAAAGGAAAAAUACAGUUGUUGAUCAAAACCUGUAAACAGCUGGAGAAUGAAAAGGAAGCAUUACAGAAAGAAAUUACUGGCUUUGAAGCUUUACAAGAGAAUCAGAAACAAAAUAAUGCUCCAGGUGUUAAUGUAGAAGAACUGAUGUCUGAGGUGAAAGAACUGAAAGAAACUAUUGAAGAAAAAAAUAAAGAGACAGAUGAAUACUUGGAUAAAUAUUGCAACCUUCUUGUUAGUUAUGAAAAGCUAGAAAAAACUAAAGAUAUGUUAGAAGCACAGGUUACUUUCCUGAGUUCUUUGCAAGGAAAAGUUACCUCUCAGAGUUCUCCUAUGCUAAACUCAGCUGAUUCAAUACACUCUCCAAAUUAUCCUGUUCCUGAAAAGAAGACAUCAGCUAGUCAAAGUAAAGUUUCAAAUAAGAGACCAAGGUCCUGUGGCAUCAAGGAAAAUGAUGGAGAAUCAAUGUCUUCCACACCAGAGACUUUUACUAAAAGAAUAAAAAAAGGAGUGACACCAAAAGGUAUCACAAGCCUCUCAAGGGGCUUGGAGAACAUUGAGUAUGAGCCAGAAGGACUCCCAGAAGUGGUAAAGAAAGGAUUUGCUGAUAUCCCAAAAGGAAAAACAAGCCCUUAUGUCUUUCGGAGAACAACCCUUGCAACCAGGGCCAGCCCCCGACUUGCUGCACAGAAGCUGUCACCUCUGAAUCUACAGAAGGGACAGUCAGAAAAUCUUGCUGAGACCUCCAAACCAACAGCUGGUGGCAGCAGAUCACAAAAGGCAAAAGAUGACCAUCAGCACCAAGUGCAAUCACUUGUGACAAUCAUAGAACCCACAACAAGAUCUCCUCUUUCUGAAAAUAAUCUUUCAAAAAAAACUUCUGCUGACAUCCCUAAAGAAAGUAUGAGAACCAAGAGAGUAAAACAUUCCCCAAGCAAACACACUGUACCUGAACAAAACAAAGAAGACAACUGUAGGGUUCAAUAAAUUUUAACUGGUUUUUGUAGUUUAUCAGUGCUAUACAAGUAAAGAAACUUUUUUUAUAAAGCUUUCCAUAGAGAUUUUUGUUUAGUCAGUCUUACAAUUGUUGAAUCUGGGUUUUUAAUUUUUAAAGACGGAAAUGUUAGAACAAGAAUGAUUGUCUUGUCUUUGUAUGUCAUUCUCAUUGUUGUUCCUCCAUGUACAUAAUGUAAAUCCUGUAUAAAGUUAUGUAGAAAAAGUUGUAAAAUACUCCAAAUAAAUAGGGAAUGAUGCAUUGAAUCUAUAAAAACCAUUUUAUGUUAUAUUCAUUAAAGUGACCAAUAGUAUCAUAAAAAUGCUUAUUGUUUCAGUCUGUGGUAGGAGACAGAUAUUUUGAGGAAGGAAUUAUAAUGAGUCAUAUCCAUUUGAAUAAAUAAAAAGAAAACCAUGUAUUUUAGGAGUAAAUAGAAGAUGUAUAUAGAUUGUUUAUAAUAAAACUGUCAUUUUGAAGUGUCUAUAGCUAACAUAUAUGAUUAAAAAUAAAAAAAAAAUUA